AAAGCUAUCCUUCCCUUAAAUACCCUCCACUCUCCGCCCACACACACUCUCUCUCUCUGUAUUUUCAUUUUCUAAUUUCCUUAAAUUAGUUAUGUCCGAUUGAUCGCCGGAACACCGCCGGUUGCUAAGCUGAUAACAAUCCGGCGAUAUGUCUUUCCAAGUGACUCGUUCCAAAAUUUCGAUCAAUCAACGGUGACAAUUUCCAAUAAGAACAGAUGGAAAUCCUAUUCUUUUUCUAAUCUAAAAUAUUCCCUUCCUUCAGAUCCAUAUUUGAAAUUUGUUCCUUAGAUGCAAUUAUACCAUGCAGGCCUGUCCAUUGAGCCUAAGAAAACCCUAGCUCGAUUGCUCAACCUAAUCUUUCUUUCUUAGGUUUUUUCUUUAUAUUUUGGUUCAAAAUGUUUAAGAAAAUUAUGAAAGGAGGGCAUCGGAAGCCUUCCAAAUCGGAUUCGACAGAAAAUUACGCGUUCGGUCCACCAGGCUCCCACAAUCCCGGUUCGGUGGUCGUCAACCAUGCUUCUCGGCCCGUGUUGAAGGCACCAGAGCAGAAUUGCAGCCCCAGCGCUCCUAUAGCCCCGCCCCCGCUCUCGACGGCCGCUGUUGAACCUUUGCCGUUAUUACGAGACGUCCCCGUUUCGGAGAGACAAAGUCUAUUCUUGCGAAAAUUACAGAUUUGUAGCUACCAAUUAGAUUUCACCAAUAUGUUAAAAACGGUCCGAGAAAAAGAGGUGAAGCGGCGAACGUUGCUGGAACUCGUCGAUUUUUUUCAAUCCGGUUCAGGCAAAAUCACGGAGGUGUGCCAGGAAGAGAUGAUUAAAAUGGUCGCAAUCAACAUUUUCCGGUGCCUCCCUCCGGCGUCUCAUGAAAACACGGGUCAAGAAGUCACGGAUCCUGAAGAAGAGGAAACCCAUCUGGACCCUUCGUGGCCGCAUUUACAGCUUGUUUACGAGCUUCUUUUGAGAUAUGUCGUGUCUUCGGAUACGGAUACUAAGGUUGCGAAGAGAUACAUUGAUCAUUCUUUUGUUUUGAAGCUGAUCGAUUUGUUUGAUUCAGAGGAUCCCAGGGAAAGAGAGUAUUUAAAAACGAUUCUUCAUAGGAUUUACGGUAAAUUCAUGGUGCAUCGUCCUUUUAUUAGGAAGGCCAUAAAUAAUAUUUUCUAUAGAUUUAUAUAUGAAACGGAGAGGUAUAACGGGAUCGGGGAGCUUUUGGAGAUUCUAGGAAGCAUUAUUAAUGGUUUUGCGUUGCCGAUGAAAGAGGAACAUAAGUUAUUCCUUGCGAGAGCAUUGAUUCCUUUGCAUAAGCCCAAACCCGUGGCUACGUAUCAUCAUCAGUUGUCUUAUUGCGUUACUCAGUUCGUUGAGAAGGAUUAUAAGCUGGCUGAUACGGUGAUUAGAGGGCUUUUGAAGUAUUGGCCUGUGACUAAUUGUCAGAAGGAAGUUCUCUUCCUUGGAGAACUUGAGGAAGUACUUGAAGCAACGCAAUCUGCUGAAUUCCAACGAUGUAUGGUUCCUCUUUUCAGGCAGAUUGCACGUUGUCUUAAUAGCCCUCAUUUUCAGGUUUCGGAGAGAGCGCUCUUCUUCUGGAACAAUGAGCACAUUGUAGGCUUAAUUGCUCAGAACCGGCAUGUGGUAUUACCACUCAUCUUCGAGGCGUUGGAAAAGAAUAUUCUAGGACACUGGAAUCAGGCGGUUCAUGGAUUGACCGUGAACGUGCGGAAGAUGUUCGUGGAAGUGGAUGCAGAGUUGUUUGAAGAGUGUCGGAGACAAUACGAAGAGAAAACGGCCGGAGCUAGAGAGGUGGAAGACCAACGAGAAAUGACAUGGAAAAGACUAGCAGAUGUGGCGGGAGAAAGAGAGGGAGGGAAUUUGGUUGCAGUCUAACUGAUUAAUCACAACCGGUAUGUGCAGCAUAAAAAAAAAGGAUUGGAUUUAAGCUAAUGGCUCUGCUUCCGUUCCCUUCUCCAUUUUGGUGGUAUUCUACUAUUCUUUCUUCAAUCUUCUUCUUCUAGUUUUUUUCUUUUUCUUUCCACAUAUUAAUAUUUUUUUGUGUCUAAAUCUGAUCAUUUACCUGCCCCGAGAAAAUUAAAUGUGUAAUCUAAAAUGCAACAUGCUGCAGAUUAAGCAUGAUCUGUAAAUGUAUGGAAUUUGUGUAGUAAACAUACUGCAGAUGAAGCAUGAUCUGUGAGGAACGACUUGUAUGUUUUUUUGCAAUGUUACUUGGUUCUUCCAACACAAAAAGAAAAAAGAUGUAUAAUAUGUUUUAGUUUGUAUUCAUAAUUCAUUGUAGUUAUCGAAAUAUUUAUUGUGUAAGACAAAGUAGGAUAAAGUUGUUAGAAAUUCAGGCAGAUGUUAAUGAAAAAUGCCUCAGGUUUUGGUUGCUUUA